AUGGAUAUAUAUUAUAAUUUUGUUAAUGAUAAAGAUGCCCUAAUCAUAGAGCUAAGAGAUGCUGAACAAUCUAGAGAUGAUUUGAUGGUAGUGGUUGAUGACUUGAAGGAAAUCAUAGAAACCCUUAGCAAAGAAAAGAAUACUCUAGUAGAGAAAAUUGCAGCUACUGAGCAAGAAAGGGAUGAUAUGGUAGUUUCCAUUGUAGAUUUAAGGAAACAAGUGGAAGAAGUAACUAGAGAACACAGCUUGUUGAAAAACAAACAAAAGAAUGGAUGGACAACACUGAGGGAGAGGAAGUGGCUAGAAAGGCUCAACUUGAGCUUGAGAGGAACAAUGGAAGGGAGCAGUCAACAGUGGCACAUGGAUAGCGACUGCUCGAAGCUCAUAACUGGAAGAACAAAUGAUUUCCUUUCACUGAAGGCCUUGCAUGGAGGGAGUGUAUCCUUUGAAUAUGGAAAGAAGGGAUACAUUCUAGGAGUUGGAAGGAUCGGGAACAGUAUGAUUCCAUUGAAUAGUAGAGUACCUGGUCCUCUAAGAGAUUCUGCUGGAACUGAAGAUGAGACUCCAACCGACAUAGAGGAACCUGGUCCCUCAAUCACAAUAUCUGAAGUAGAAAAUAGAGUUGUGGAUGCUCCUAAGAAUAUCAAGGAAGCAUUGGAAGAUGCUGAUUGGAUUACAGCUAUGCAAGAAGAGCUCCGUCAACUUGAGAGGAACAGGUUGGCUGAGAAAGAUGCAACAGACGAUAAUAGUAAACAAAUUGAGAAGAAGAAGAAGGAGACAUGGUUGCUCUGGGAUAGAAAGGGUAGUGUAAGCGAGGAACUUGGUUCCUUACAAAAGCAAAAGGUUGAGCCAUUAGGUUUGGAGGGAGAAGACGUUGAAGUCUCAAAUGGUGCUUCCGAUGAGGAUGAAGAGGAUGACAAUGAUGAGGUAACUUUCAGGGAUGUUCAGAGAAAUCUGAAGACCUACUCUUUGAAAAAAUUGAUGUCAUUAGCAAAUGUUAUAAUGGAUAUAUAUUAUGAUUUUGUUAAUGAUAAAGAUGCCCUUAUCAUAGAGAUAAGAGAUGCUGAACAAUCUAGAGAUGAUUUGAUGGUAGUGGUUGAUGACUUGAAGGAAAUCAUAGAAACCCUUAGCAAAGAAAAGAAUACUCUAGUAGAGAAAAUUGCAUCUACUAAGCAAGAAAGGGAUGAUAUGGUAGUUUCCAUUGUAGAUUUAAGGAAACAAGUGGAAGAAGUAACUAGAGAACACAGCUUGUUGAAAAACAAACAAAAAAAUGGAUGGACAACACUGAGGGAGAGGAAGUGGCUAGAAAGGCUCAACUUGAGCUUGAGAGUGAGCUGA